GCAGAUUAUUGUUAGAUGGUUGACACUCCGAGAACACUGAGAGCCCUUUCUGGCCUUCUCCACCAGUUCUUUUCUUAAUCUCCGCUUCACCUCUUCCCUUCUCCCUCAACCAACCCAGAACAGACUCUACGCAAUGACGAUGGAUUAAUAUCCCUUCCAUGCUGGUGAGAAUGUGAAGGCAGCUUAUAUUUGUUUAUUCAUAUACAUUUCCUUCCAUCUCAGCCAGAGCCUGCAGCAAGGGGUGAAAAAAAGAGAGAACAAUGCCCCACACCCCGCAGUCCCGGAAGAAAAAGGGAAUCAAAUCGCAGAAGCGCAUCGCAGUCACCGACAACGAUGGCUGGACUCAUGUCACAACGGGCGGAAACCUCAAGAGAACCCUAUGGAAGGCUGCCGCCGCCGCAACUCGUGACAACGACGACGAACAAUCACCGGCGCAGUUGCUGCCCGCGGAAGCUCCGAGAGGCUUAACCAUCGACGAAUUGAAGAACCAAUACCUAACCUUCCGGGAGAAAUGGGAAAGCUCGACAUCUUGGCAUGCCGUGAGAGAUUCAUUGAGGGCCAUUGCUAGUGCUUCCGCUGCUGCUUCUGCGUUAUCGUCGCCGUCCGUACGACCCGAUGUGAUCACGACCACGACCACGAUCAAUAUCAUAUGUCUCGGUCUUGGGAGCCCCAGCGGCUUUCUUCGCGGCGGAUGGGUGGAUCGAAGAAACGUAUCGAUGUACCAACUUGCUGCGCUGACGAGUAUACUGAACUUUUUCGAUUCUCAUUCUGAGGUCAUCCCCAGAGUCUACGCCCAGGACCCCGUCUUCAACACCCUGGACAAGUCGCUCCUUGACUCCCUCGGAAUCACGGUAAUCGAGCACCCCACGGCCUUCGAUAUGGUCAGAGACCAGCGCGAGAACGAGAACGAACGCGUCUUCCUCUUCUGUCCUGGAGCGGAGAGAAUACAUAUUGAGAAGCUAUUGUCUUUAUCUCGGUUGUCCUCAUGGCCCUCCGGGCCGGAUGUGCUGUUUGGAGGUCCCUUGGAAGAGCACGAUGAUUCGGAGCUCUUGACCACGUUCUUGGAUACGAGGGACUCAGCUCGGAUCCCUGUUUUUGAGCCGUGUGAGCAUGCAUUUUGGAAUAUGCGGCUUUAUUGGAUAAGGGAUUUGUAA